UUCAAGGUCUCUGCCAGUGACUAUACACUUCAAGGCCAUAAAUAAAUGCAACGUGGUACUAAUCGACAUUUCAGACACUCCUUCACACCUGUGACAGCCAAGUCCUCUCAGUACAUGUAUCUGAAGUUCGGAUUCUCGCGGUCCGUCAGAUCCUCAAACGCAUGCAGAUAUUGGUCGUCCUUCGCCUCGUGAAUCCCAGCCAACGCCAGUUCGUCCUUCUUACGGUUCUGACGUCGGAGGUAGAAGCGAAGAAAUACGAUAACAAGAACCAAGAGUGCAUAGCACCCCAUAUGAGUUGCAAAAGCGAUGAAGUAUCGUGGUGCAUCGUAAGACAGGAAGACUUGAGGACCUGAAAAGAUGGCAAUCAGCUCCGCCCCAUGACGGAUAAGUCCCAGGGGUUCAACAUACCAACGGCGUUUCCAGCACACCAAGAAACGAAGUUCAUCGACACGACUACAGUCUUCUUGGUCUGACCCCCAACGUUACGGGAGAUCAUGCUCAUUGCCACAGUCUGUGCCGCCCAGAACGAGAGGACAAUGUAGUAGCUGAUCAGCAACCCGGCUUUGGUGGCUGUGUUCUUGUUUUCGACGGUCAUGAGAACAAUCGUGCCAACGAAAGAGCUGACGUCAAGUUAGACAGAGUACAAAAUUGUCAGAAAAGCCAUUUAUCGCUCACGGAAUGACAAAAACUCCCAUCACCACACAAUUUUGGCCGGUUUUCUUGAUCAGCCAGGUCGAUCCCAACAGGAUUAAGAUGAUAACGGCGCCUAGCACCAUAGCAAGGAGCUGCGUCUGGAGGAUGGUAAAGUGGAAGCCUAGAGGACACGGUCAGAUCAGAAAUCUCUUCAUUGGAAACUGCUAUUCGUACCGGUGAUGAUGAUAUUGGCGAAUGCCCCUAAGCCCGACGUGGGCAAAGUCGUGCAUAUGGCGAUGAGGCAAUAGCAAUAUGUCUGAGGGUCAAGGAAAGCUUCUUUGACCUGUUCGCGUCGAAAGGUCUUGUUCUGCAGUCCAGUCUGGUUGCUUCGGACUCGCUCGACCAUGAGUUUCUUGUCCUCUUCGGAGAAACACUUUGCUUUCAUCGGUGAGUCAGGCAUCCACCAUCCGACAAACAAGCCCCAGAGCACUGAAAAGCAACCGUAAGUGAUGAAAAUGGCCUGCCAUGACUUGAGAGGGCCCGACUUGAUGAGCGUGAAACAAUAGGCCAAUAGGCCGCCCACAAUUUGCUGGCCACCAUUCAUCAUGUACCAAUAUGUGACUGUUUCGGCCUGCUCGUCCCUUCUAUACCACAUGCUGCUGAGAAUCAGGAAGGCGGGCUGACAGACAGCUUCAAAAAUGCCGAGCAAUGUUCUCAGCGCAACCAGGGUUGCAAAGUCCUUGGCCACAGCAUGCAGUGCAAGGACUGCGCCCCACAAGCAGAUACUCAAGCUGAGAUAUUUGGCAAUGGGAACUCUUUGCAGAGUCCAGUUGGUGGGAUAUUCGACAAUCAGGACGGCGAUAUAGAUACACGUGGUCAACCAAGAAUACUAGACGGGGUUAGCUGCUACCGCCAGGGAAUGAUGGCCGCCUCUGACCUGCUGACUGUGGAGAUGAAGGUCUUUUCUGAUGCCCAUGAUGGAGGCAAAAGACAUGGUUCCUUUAUCGAGGGCUUGCAGGAAGUAAGUGGGAACCAUGAUGGCCAGUACACGCAUGUCAAUCAUGCGUCUCAGACGUUUGUUUUCAGCCUCGGAGAUUUCAAUGGGCGCGGCAGAGGCGUAUCGUGCGACAUCAGUGUCGAUACGAUCAUAGUCGAUGACUUCCUUUUUGAUUUCACUACCACCAGACAUGACCCUCUCAAUCUGUGUGACAUCCUCUUUGUUAAUGUCCGAGGGCUCUAUGGUCACCCCCAUGUUCGAUUCGAUGCGGUCUGAGCCAGGCAUGAUGGCCACAACAGCAAAAAGCGCAGCGGGACACUGCUCAGGAGUACAGACUGGGUUGAAAGCCUGAGAGAAUAAUGUUUCCUACUGCCAGCUCUGGAUCAUGGUCUGUAUAUAUAAUUGAGAAGCCAGCAUGAAGUUGAGGUACCAACACAGCAUCGGUCGAGAGCUGUCCGAAGGCUCUUGCUCCCCUCUUCGCCUCGCCAGCCACCGAAACGGCGACUAUGUAGUCUACAGAAAACUUCCUCCGGACUUUACCCCAGAUUGGAACGAUAGGCUGGCGCAAUGUCCAUCACCCCGUGGGGUCACUUGAGCUCGUGUCGAGGCUACCGUGCCAGGGGGUGUUUAGGUUACGGCGGCAUUUCGGCAUAGCUCGGUGCGCGGAGUAUCUCACACCGAGAGCACAAUGGCCUCAAAUCCGCGUCACCCUUGCAGCUAACCAUUUAGCUACCAGUAUUCAAUAACUCGAAAAAGAAGAAAAGAAAGUGCUCCAGGAGCUCUUUAAUUGCAGGCCGAAACUGGGCAGACCAGCUAGCCUUCCAAGAUGCCGACUCACCUAACAGUAGAAGGGCUAAGUGCCACCAGCAUCCGCGAGAAAAUCGACCUCCUCAUCCACAACCUGGUCAAUAUCAAAGAUGAGACAGGUCAUUUCCUGCUGGAGCUAGCGGACGGGCGGAUCAUCGACACAAAGGGCUGGAACGACUGGGAAUGGACGCACGGGAUCGGUCUGUACGGUCUCUACCAGUACCACGCGUUGACAUCUUCCGCGUCAGCGCUGAAGACCAUUGAGGACUGGUUCUCGGCGCGACUCGCAGAGGGCACGACCAAGAACAUCAACACGAUGGCAGUGUUUCUGACUCUUGCCUAUCUGUACGAGAAGAACGGCGAACAGAGCUACCUACCCUGGCUGGACUCGUGGGCCGAAUGGGCCAUGUAUGAACUGCCACGAACCACAUAUGGAGGAAUGCAGCACAUCACAUAUGUGGACGAAAACCACCACCAGCUGUGGGACGACACGUUGAUGAUGACGGUGAUGCCGCUGGCCAAAAUUGGCAAGAUUCUGAAUCGUCCGCACUACAUUGAGGAAGCGAAACGACAAUUCCUGCUGCAUAUUCAGUAUCUUUACGACUCGCAGACAGGGCUGUUCUUCCACGGCUGGCAGUUUGACGAGACGGCGCCCGGCGGAGUUGGACAUAACUUCGCCCGUGCCAGAUGGGCCCGGGGGAACAGUUGGUUGACGAUCGCCAUUCCGGACUUCAUCGAGCUGCUCGAUCUGCCACCCGACGACGGCCUCAGGUUAUAUCUCGUGUCGGUGCUCGAAGCACAAUGUCGCGCAUUGGCCGCACUACAGACCCCCGAGGGGAUGUGGAGGACUUUACUCGACGUGUCGGAGGAAGAAGGGAGCUACGUCGAGGCAUCUGCCACGGCGGGCUUUGCGUACGGUCUAUUGAAGUCGAUCCGGAAGCGGUACAUUCCCAAAGAAAAAUACAUGCCCGUGGCCAUGAAAGCGGUCAAGGCCGUUCUGCAGAGAAUCAGCGACGAUGGAGAGUUGCUGGACACCAGCUUCGGAACGGCCAUGGGCCACGAUCUGAAGCAUUAUAUCAACAUCGAGCGAACCAGCAUGCCGUACGGCCAGGCUAUGGCGAUGAUGGCCCUGGUGGAGUUUUUGCGGGUGUUCAUAUAAAAGACAGAUAUAUAGAUAGAUACAGUUCAGUAUCAACGUGCACAAACUAUACCUCCCAACAUUGUCUAUAUAUUUUUUGUUCUUCACAAUUUCCCUCUCGAAAGCAAAGAGCCGCCAUCCGUCGUGAUGACCGCACCGUUAAUAUGC